AUGGACGGGAGUCUGUUUGUGCUGCUUCUUCUGUCAGGGCUCUUCUGGAGCAGUUCUGGUCUUUCUCGUCCGUACUUCUAUAUAAAUAAAGCAAUGUCGUGGCCAGAAGCUCAGAGUUACUGCAGAGAGAGAUUCACUGAUCUGGCUACUGCAGACAGCAUGGAUGAUGUGAACAGGCUGGUAAAUAUAGUGGAUGCUGGAUACAGUGGAUCAGUGUGGAUUGGACUGAAGAGGGGGACACAGACACGCUGGGUUUGGUCUGAUGGAGAAAACAACACUUCUCAGUACUAUAACUGGGAUUCAAGACAGCCAGAUGCACAAGGAGAUUGUAAUACUGCAUACCUAAUAAAAACUGCCAAAAACUGGACUGAUGCUCAGAGUUACUGUAGACAACAUUACACAGACCUGCCCACCAUCCGCAACUCUGCAGAAAAUGACCAGCUAAAAAAAAUUCUUUUAUCUGGAUAUUACAUCUGGAUCGGUCUGUUCCUGGACUCUUGGGAAUGGUCUGAUAAAUGGAGUCGCGUCUUCAGACACUGGGCAGCAGAUCAACCAUUCCUGAAUCCAGGAUCUGGAGACUGUAUUGCGAUGUCAAGAAACAACUCUGGCAGAUGGGCUCAAUACAGCUGUGAUCUCAAGCAGAUUUUUAUCUGCCAUGGGGGUGACAGCUUUGGUCUUUCUCGUCCGUACUUCUAUAUAAAUAAAGCAAUGUCAUGGCCAAAGGCUCAGAGUUACUGCAGAGAGAGAUUCACUGAUCUGGCUACUGCAGACAGCAUGGAUGAUGUGAACAGGCUGGUAAAUAUAGUGGAUGCUGGAUACAGUGGAUCAGUGUGGAUUGGACUGAAGAGGGGGACACAGACACGCUGGGUUUGGUCUGAUGGAGACAACAACACUUCUCUGUAUUAUAACUGGGAUUCAGGACAGCCAGAUAGAGAAGGAGAUUGUACUGCUUCUUAUUCCGGGGCUUGGCAUGACGCUCGAUGUGACCUUUUAUUAUAUUUUACAUGCUAUAUGGGUGAGUUCUUGUAAAAUUAUGAAUU